CCCGGGCGAAGGGAUGCCACUGCCACUAGGAGGCUAAACAGCGCAGAGCUCUGCGGCUCCGCGGGGCCCAGACAGGAGGCCGGAACCCUCAGAAGGAACCCGGCGCGCAGGAGAAGGGGAAGACUGUUGGUGAAACGCUGUUCUGCAGAACAAAAGUCGAGCGUCGGAGGCGGGGCUGGCGGAGGCCGGAACUCGGGAUCUGGGCUCGGGCCGGAAGUGAAGAAGGCGAGACUUGUGCUUUUCUAGCCGGAAUCGGGCUCACUACGGAGCGUCGCCGAGUGGGAGAGUGUGUAGCACUGCCGGCUGCGUGGAGGCGGUGGGAUGGGGGGUGGUGCUGGUGCUUGGGCGCUCGGAAGGGACAGAUAUUGCUGUGACACUGCGGGGGCGCUCUGAGGGACUGGUGUCGGUGUGGCACCAGUGCACGCCGAAGGAGCCGGCGGCACCAGGUGGCCAUGGGGAUGUGGGCGUCGCUGGACGCGAUGUGGGAGAUGCCCGCCGAGAAGAGUAUCUUCGGAGCGGUGCUGCUCUUCUCCUGGACAGUGUAUCUUUGGGAGACCUUCCUAGCGCAGCGGCAGAGACGGAUCUAUAAAACAACAACUCAUGUACCACUGGAGUUAGGACAGAUCAUGGAUUCAGAAACAUUUGAAAAAUCUCGACUGUAUCAGCUGGAUAAAAGUAAUUUCAGCUUCUGGUCAGGACUCUAUUCAGAGAUUGAAGGCACUCUUAUUCUUCUCUUUGGAGGAAUUCCUUAUCUCUGGAGACUCUCUGGAAGAUUCUGUGGCUGUGCUAGUUUUGGACCAGAAUAUGAGAUUACUCAGUCCUUGGUGUUUUUGCUGUUGGCUACACUUUUCAGUGCAUUGACUGGUUUACCGUGGAGUCUUUAUAAUACUUUUGUGAUAGAAGAAAAACAUGGUUUCAAUCAACAGACUUUCGGGUUCUUCAUGAAAGAUGCAGUCAAGAAAUUUAUUGUGACUCAGUGCAUUUUAUUGCCUGUGUCUUCACUUCUACUUUAUAUUAUUAAAAUUGGGGGUGAAUAUUUUUUUAUUUAUGCCUGGCUGUUUACAUUAGUAGUUUCUCUGGUGCUUGUCACAAUCUAUGCUGAUUAUAUUGCCCCUUUAUUUGACAAAUUCACACCUCUGCCUGAGGGAAAGCUUAAACAAGAUAUUGAAAUAAUGGCAAAGAGUAUUGACUUCCCUUUGACUAAGGUAUAUGUUGUUGAAGGAUCUAAACGCUCUUCCCACAGCAAUGCUUAUUUUUAUGGCUUCUUCAAGAAUAAACGAAUAGUUUUGUUUGACACUCUACUAGAAGAGUAUUCAGUACUAAACAGAGACAUCUGGGAGGAGUCUGGCAUGGGACCCCGCAAUGAUGGAGAAGGGGAUAAUGAAGAAAUAAAAGCUAAAGUUAAAAAUAAGAAACAAGGAUGUAACAAUGAGGAGGUGCUUGCUGUACUAGGCCAUGAACUGGGACACUGGAAGUUGGGGCAUACAGUCAAAAAUAUCAUCAUUAGCCAGGUGAAUUCUUUCCUGUGUUUUUUCUUGUUUGCUGCAUUAAUUGGUCGAAAGGAGCUUUUUGCUGCAUUUGGUUUUUAUGACAGCCAUCCCACUCUAAUUGGACUGUUGAUCAUUUUCCAGUUUAUUUUUUCACCUUACAAUGAGGUUCUUUCUUUUUGCCUGACAGUCCUAAGCCGCAGGUUUGAGUUUCAAGCUGAUGCAUUUGCCAAGAAACUUGGGAAGGCCAAAGACUUAUAUUCUGCUUUAAUCAAACUAAACAAAGAUAACUUGGGAUUCCCUGUUUCUGACUGGCUGUUUUCAAUGUGGCAUUAUUCUCAUCCUCCACUCCUAGAGAGACUUCAAGCUUUGGAAAACUCAAAACAAGACUGAGUUGCCAGGGGUCGCAACUGAAGACAUUUCUGAUUAUUUCUGUCCUGGCAGCAUGUUCUGGCUCUUGAUGUUUUUAAACUUUUUUUUUUUUAAAGAGAGAUUAUAAAGUACAGAGAAGCCCAGAUUUAAAUACAUUUAAUGUCUCAUUUAAAAAAUGAUUUUAACAAUCCAUUUCUUAAAGAAAAUGCUGGAUGAAAGUUUGAGGCUUAAUGUUUUUAAAGGCAUAGUUAUAUCUUUAACAUCUAAUUUACCAUCAACUUGUAAAAUUACUUGGGAAAAUACAGAAUUUGUUUUAUUUACACACUUAUAUGGAAUCUGCAUAUAAGGUGUUUGGGAGUAUAUGUUUAAAGGAGGAACAUCACUUCUGAGUAUUUUCUGUAAGGCAGAAACAGUGGUCCCCAGUCAUUGUGCUCAGACCUCAGUUGAGAUUUUUUUACUUCCAUGCUGUUAUGAUCUAACAUGGCAAUCAGUGUUUUACAUAAGGAAGAAAGAUAACUGGUAAGGCUGAUGUAAUUGAAACGAAAGUAGUUAGAAGUAUGCUCUUACUGUUCGACCAAAUUUCUCUGUUCCUUCAUGCUACAUACCAAUAGGAGUUUGUAAUAGUGCUUUGAAGUUAGAAAUUAUGGAUAGAAUGUUUUUAAUCAUUGGGUUUUGUUUUUAUUUUUAGGAACAUCUCAGUCUAUCUUUCCAUCCAGUGGGUAACUAGGGAUAAACUAGUGUUUUUCAAAACAUUCAGCUUUUCCCUCAUUUGUACUCUUUUAUUCAAUAAAUAGUGCAUCCUUUCACUUAGAAAUUGCUAUAUUGAGCAGAUUUUGCUUUUUUAGGUGGAAGAAUGUGGGAAGAGUAAGAAAUGACAUUUCAGGAGACAUAAGGAUGAAAUACUGAUGAUUCUUUUAUGAUAUUACAGGAAAAAAUAGUUUUUCAAGGACAGAAGAAUUUCGGUUUUUAUUUUUGUAAUUUUUAUCAGUACAUAAUAAGUUCUAUUUAACCAGGCCUGAUUCCAUGUUGGAAAUUAAUGGUUCUUUUAAUUAAAAAAAUGAAUAGUUCUUGAUAUGAAGAUAAUUUUUAUUUUUAAAACAAAUCUCAUGAAAGAUUUCUUCUCCGGUUUUUAAAGCUGCAUGUUUCACUGCCUCAAAUCUCUGUCCACAUUCUAAAUGAGAACUUACUUUGUGCUUAGAGCCACCAUGCACUGAUAAUGCUUACCUUCUGGGUAUUUAUUCCAAAGUGGGAUCAACUGUGCACCCUUGGUAUCUGGCCAGAAACUAUUUUGCUCAACUGAUAUUUGGGUGAUGUCUUUACAUGGAAAUAUAAUAAAAAUAAAGAUCUAGUUUAGUACUGCAUUAUUUAUUUUCCUAAGGCUAAAGAGGAACAGUCAGUCCUAUGAUUUUAUCCAGCAUCCUUAAUCUGUGAAUUCAUGCUGUGAUAACUGCCUCUCUUUCCUUCUGUGCCUUUAAAUGCAAACUUCAGUUCUGCACAAGUGAAACAUUAAAAAUUGCCAAUGCAGAUUGA